GAUAUUGCAUAUCUAAAAAGUGAAAACAUUUAAUUUUAAUAGCUAUUUUGUUGUUUUAAGUGCGAUUUUCAACAAAGAAACUAUUGUUUGGGAAAUUUGGAAUUCAGUAAAAUUGAAGUUUGUUUAUUGAAAUUCAAAAAAACCACUGGGAUUUCGAUAUGGCUGACAUAAAAUCCAUGGAGCAUGCAACAUUAAAGGUUCCAUACGAAAUUCUCAAUAAAAAGUUUCGAAUUGCACAGAAAACAUUGGAUCGUGAAGUAAAUCAAAUUCAAAAUGCUGCAAGUGAAAUGGAAAAAAGUUUAUGUGCAGGAGUUUCAUGUAGUGAAAUUCAAAAAAUAUUUGAUGGUGUUGUGGAACGUCUUCAAGUGUUUAAAAGAAAAGCCGAAGAAAACAUUAACGAAGAAAUUUCUGCAACACAUAUAUGUAAACGAAAACUCAAUCAUUUAAAAGAAAAUAUCUCUACAGAUUUAAAAUCAAGUUACGAAGUCUGGCAGGCUUCCUUGGAUCAAUGGAAAAAAAUAAGAAUGGAUCGAAUGGUUGUUGAACAUUUGCUUAGACAAGGUCAUUAUAAAACAGCAGAACUUUUAGCAGCUCGUACAACCAUUCGCCAUUUGACAAAUUUAGAUAUAUUUCAAACAUCAAGGGAGGUUGAGGAAGAUUUAGCUAAUCAUAAAACUUCCAAAUGCACUUUAUGGUGUAAUGACAAUAAGUCCAAACUCCGAAAAAUCAACUCGAAAAUCGAAUUUCAACUUCGAGUUCAAGAAUUUAUAGAGUUGGUUCGAGAAGACAAACGAAAAGAUGCUGUUAAGCAUGCAAGAAAAUAUUUUCCUUCCUUUGAAAAGGAUCAUUUGAAAGAAAUUUGCCAAGUAAUGGCCAUAUUGGCUUUUCAAUCAGAUACCCAAUUAGAACCUUAUAAAAGUCUUUUCGAUCCAGUACGUUGGGAUAAUUUAGUUUUAAGUUUUAGAAAUGAAAAUUAUCGAUUGUAUCAACUUUCAAGUCAAUCUUUAUUGAGUGUGACCCUUCAAACAGGUUUAUCAGCUUUGAAAACUCCACAAUGUUAUUCUACAGGUUCUAAAAACUACAAUUGUCCAGUUUGCCAAACUGAUUUCAAUAUAAUUGCGAAUAAUUUACCAUACUCACAUUGCGCUCAAAGUCGCCUCAUUUGCCGUGUGACAGGAUUACCUUUAAACGAACAUAAUCUUCCCAUGAUGUUACCUAAUGGGCAAAUAUUUGGUCAAUUGGCUAUACCUCAAAUAACUAAAGAAGAUGGUAUAGUAGUUUGUCCAAUAACAAAACAGGUCUGGUGUGAUCCAAAAAUCGAAAAAGUUUUUGUCAUGUAAAUUUUAACUGGUCCUCUAAACAUUUCUAUUUAUAAGAACGUUUGAUUAAAUUUUUAAUCAUUAUUUCUUUAAAAAUGUAAUAAAAAUAUUGUAGUUUUUUUUUUAAAUAAAGCAAAUAAAAAUAAUUUUUUCUUGAAA